AUAUUGUGAAGUGCUUUGCAUAAGAUGGAGCGCUUUUGCAUACAGGGAGGGGGCAUUUUAGAAGUCGUAGGGCAGGAUCCCUGAGUAGCUUUUCUUUGCCAAGAAACUAACCCAGGGAUUCCAUUUUGGAACUCAGGGAGGGAACAGAACGUCCUGGCAGUUGAAUGGGCCCGGUGGGGUGAGAUGGACAGAAAGCUUCAGAAGACAAGCUGGGCCACCAGGGAGAAGUUGGCGGUCUAAGGAAGGCCAACACUGCACAUGAGGUGGGACAGGCACCAGAGGCAGCCCUGAGAGCUGAGUGUGCUCUCAAGAGUACCAGCAGAGGGGAAAGUGACAGAGUAAAUGGUUGGAGCUGCCAUGGGAGGCUGAUGAGGGUCAGAGACUUGGAGACCUGUACUCGGUUGCUAUCUCUGCCCAAUACGUGGCAUGCCUGGAUGUCCCUGCCCUGGCUGUGGCAUGGCGGGCCCAAGGCUCCUCUUCCUCACUGCCCUUGCCCUGGAGCUCUUGGGAAGGGCUGGGGGUUCCCAGCCGGCCCUCCGGAGCCGGGGGACUGCGACGGCCUGUCGCCUGGACAACAAGGAAAGCGAGUCCUGGGGGGCUCUGCUGAGCGGAGAGCGGCUGGACACCUGGAUCUGCUCCCUCCUGGGUUCCCUCAUGGUGGGGCUCAGUGGGGUCUUCCCGUUGCUCGUCAUUCCCCUAGAAAUGGGGACCAUGCUGCGCUCAGAAGCUGGGGCCUGGCACCUGAAGCAGCUGCUCAGCUUCGCCCUGGGGGGACUCUUGGGCAAUGUGUUUCUGCACCUGCUGCCUGAAGCCUGGGCCUACACAUGCAGCGCCAGCCCUGGUGGUGAGGGGCAGAGCCUGCAGCAGCAGCAGCAGCUGGGGCUGUGGGUCAUUGCUGGCAUCCUGACCUUCCUGGCGUUGGAGAAGAUGUUCCUGGACAGCAAGGAGGAGGGGACCAGCCAGGCCCCCAACAAAGACCCCACUGCUGCUGCCGCCGCGCUCAAUGGAGGCCACUGUCUGGCCCAGCCGGCCGCAGAGCCCGGCCUCGGUGCCGUGGUCCGGAGUAUCAAAGUCAGUGGCUACCUCAACCUGCUGGCCAACACCAUCGACAACUUCACCCACGGGCUGGCUGUGGCUGCCAGCUUCCUUGUGAGCAAGAAGAUCGGGCUCCUGACAACCAUGGCCAUCCUCCUGCAUGAGAUCCCCCAUGAGGUGGGCGACUUUGCCAUCCUGCUCCGGGCCGGCUUUGACCGAUGGAGCGCAGCCAAGCUGCAACUCUCGACAGCACUGGGGGGCCUACUGGGCGCCGGCUUCGCCAUCUGUACCCAGUCCCCCAAGGGAGUAGGUAUGGGCGUGGCGGGUGGUGGUGGUGGGUGGCAUCAGAGGGGCACCAGCCAAAGGGUGUGGCUACCUCGCCGCUGGUCCCCAGGCCCGGGAGGUGGGGAGCACACACGGUGUCCUGGGAGGCAGGGAGCACACAUAGUGCCUUGGGUACCCAGUUGGGUGUUCUCCCGCUGCAGAGGAGACGGCAGCCUGGGUCCUGCCCUUCACCUCUGGCGGCUUUCUCUACAUCGCCUUGGUGAACGUGCUCCCUGACCUCUUGGAAGAAGAGGACCCGUGGUGAGUGACCUGUUGGAGGAAAAGGACUGCCACUCACAGGGCCCUUAGGGGCUCAGGAGGGAAAGGAUCCUGGCUGCUGCCUGCUCCCCCUGCCCAUGCCUCCACCGUGAGCCCUGUUCCCUCCUCACAGGCGCUCCCUGCAGCAGCUGCUUCUGCUCUGUGCGGGCAUCGUGGUGAUGGUGCUGUUCUCGCUCUUUGUGGAUUAACCUUCCCUGAUGCCCUGACGCCCCUGCCCCCUGCAGCAAUAAGAUGCUCGGAUUCACUCUGUGACCACAUAUGUGAGAGGCAGAGAGGGCGAGUGCCUGCGAGAGAGAAUGAGCCUCCCGCCAGGCAGGAGGGAUGUGCGUGUGGAUGUGUGUGGUGUGCACAUGUGGCCAGAGGCAUGUGUGCAAGACCGACACUGUGAUCCCUGUGCUGGGUCCGGGGCCCAGUGUAGCGCCUGUACCCAGCCAUGCUGUGGUUACCUCUCUUUGCCGCCCUGUCACCUUCACCUCCCGGAGUAAGCAGCGAGGAACAGCAGCACUGGUCCCAAGCAGAGGCCUUGCCCUGCCGGGACCCCGGGAGUGAGAGCAGCCCAGGGAUCCCAGGGUGCAGGGAACUCCAGAGCUGCCCACCUCUCACUGCCCCCUCUGCACACACAGCCAGUCCCCAGGCAGCCUAGGGGCCAAGGCUGGGGCGGCUUUGGUCCCUUUUCCUGGCCCUUCCUUCCCUACUUCUAAGCCAAAGAAAGGAGAGGCAGGUGCUCAUGUACCCCAGCCUCACUCAGCACUGACAGUCCCCAGCUCCUAGUAGUGAACUGGGAGGCGCUUCCUAAGACCCUUUCCUCAGGGCUGCCCUGGGAGCUCAUUCCUGGCCAACAUGCCCUGGCAGCAGCAGCAGCUCUUGCCACCUCCAGCUACCAAACAGCAGCCUGCCGGGCAGGGAGCAGCCCCAGGCCAGAGAGGCCUCCCGGUCCAGCUCAGGGAUGCUCCUGCCAGCACAGGGGCCAGGGACUCCUGGAGCAGGCACACAGUGAGCCCGGGCAGCCCUCCCCAGCUCAGGCCCCUUUCCUUCCCCAUUGGGGUUGGGGUAGGUGGGGGCAGUGAGGGCUCCACGUUGUCAGCGCUCAGGAAUGUGCUCCGGCAGAGUGCUGAAGCCAUAAUCCCCAACCAUUUCCCUUGGCUGACGCCCAGGUACUCAGCUGGCCCACUCCACAGCCAGGCCUGGCCCUGCCCUUGACCGUGGAUGUUUUCAGAAGUGGCCAUCGAGAGGUCUGGAUGGUUUUAUAGCAGCUUUGCUGUGAUUCCGUUUGUAUCUGUAAAUAUUUGUUCUAUAGAUAAGAUACGAAUAAAUCUUAUCCACAUA